CCUGCCCUUUCCAGCCCCAACUCCAACCCCCAACGCACCUGAGGUCAGGGCGGCCUCGGAAGAGGCUACGGGUGAAUUCCUGCAUCUCGCUCUCCCGCGCCAUUUUGCUCCACCCGGGAUUAGCGGCUCCCGCCUUUUUUCCUGUCGGCCUCCGUCAGAGCGUUUGACAGGAGGUCGCGCAAGCGCAGUGUCCUGGCACCGUAGGGUAAGGGACCGUUAGGUCGCAGUGGUGAGCCGCUUGAACCGAGAACUUUGCCAGACAAAACUUGCUUUUUCCAGGCAGUUGGAGUGUCUCGCGGCUCAUUCCCUUUCUUAGAAUAAAUCUUUUCUAAAGGUUCUCAUUAGAAACCGCUUCGGCGCCGGCAAGCUUAGUUGUGACGUCAACAACCCGCGACUUUGCCUCUAUCCGUGGUCGCGCACCAGCUAAUCCGCUGUUAUUUAGAAAGGCAGAAAAAAGGGGACUCCUCGCCAAGAGACUGGGAAUCUCUGAGGGCGGCAGGGAGCCUUUUUGUGGCUUCAAAUCUCUAAGCACGUUUGGUAUCAGUAACGGCACCCUCCGCCAUCAGCCAUCUCUCUGACGCCAUCUUUAGCGUAGCCACCGGAUACCGCGCUCCUUUCCCGAUACACCCCAGGAGGGCAGCCAGUGCGGUUAGGCUCCUUGGGCCCGGGGUACGCCGGGAAUUGUAGUCCGGGGGCACAGCCUUGCAAAGUCUCCGGAAGUCGAGGUGUGAGAGACCGUGCCGAGCCGCCUCCGGGUAGCGGGACUCCCUACGCUGGGGCACUGCUCCGGGGGCCAAUCAUGAACGGGCCGGCGGACUGCGAAGUGGACUACAAGAAGAAAUACCGGAACCUGAAGCGGAAGCUCAAGUUCCUCAUCUACGAACACGAGUGUUUCCAGGAGGAACUGCGGAAGGCACAGAGGAAAUUGCUGAAGGUGUCCCGGGACAAGAGUUUCCUCCUAGACCGACUUCUGCAGUAUGAGAACGUGGAUGAAGAUUCUUCCGACUCAGAUGCCACUGCAUCUUCCGAGAACAGCGAGACAGAGGGGACACCCAAGUUGUCGUCGGAUACUCCAGCUCCCAAGAGGAAGAGAAGCCCUCCGCUGGGGGGUGCCCCCUCCCCCUCCAGCCUCUCCCUGCCUCCUUCAACAGGGUUUCCCCUUCAGGCCUCCGGGGCCCCCUCCCCAUACCUGAGCUCGCUGGCUUCUCCCACCUAUCCCCCAUUCCCUUCUGACUACCUGGCCCUACAGCUGCCCGAGCCCAGCCCCCUGAGGUCCAAGCGGGAGAAACGGCCCCGCCUGCCCCGGAAACUCAAGCAGAAUGGCCGAGACUGCCGUGAGCAGGGAGACCAGCGAGGCGGCCCCGUGGUCCUCCAGGUGCCGUGGAGAGGGGAUGGGAAUGAGCUGCAGGAUGUUCUGAAAGACCACCCGUGGGCUAGAGAUCACUCUGGCUGCACUGAGGAGGAGGAGCUGGCUCGGGGAGAGGCUGAAGGCAGGGAGUCCAGUUAGGAGGCUGGUACCGUAGCACAGAUGUUCAGCGACACGGGCAGCGGGGACGAUGCCCUGGACGGGGACGAUGACCUGGUGAUCGACAUCCCGGAGUGACCGCCACCUACCCCCACCACCCCCAGCCCCGUAUCUGCACACACGCGCCCCAGCUUCCUCAGAGGCAUUUAUUGACACCCAGUUGCCAUGCUUCGGCCACUGACACAAUCAGAAAAGGCGUAAACAUGCACAGAUGUCCCCUGGGAAGGCGGGCCCCUCACCAGGGAGGGCAAGCCCUGUCCCACAUCCCGGCCCCAUCCAGGGGACACUUAGUAAAGGAGUGCCAGGGAGCAACUGCCACCCCUCAGGAGGCAGAGCCCCUGCAGUGGGCACCCCUUUAAGUGGGCAGCUGUACAGGGCUAGUUUUGUUAACGAAGACUCUAUUAUAUUAAAGAGGUGGCUCUUUUCUAUUUCUUGUCGUUCC